AUGGACGUCGAUAGGCUAAUUACAGAGGCUGAAAGGUGUUUCAAUGAUAGUAACCAUGAUGAUGCGGUUGCUAAGUUGACUACGGCUGCAAGAAGUGAUCCUACUGAAGAGCAGCAGUCUUAUAUUGAGUCUUUGAUUCAUCGGAUCUCCGAGCACGUUGUUCAGAACGGGAACGAGGGUGAGGGUGAACGUGGGAUCGGUAGCAGUUUGAUGAACACAAUGAUGUCCAAUAAUAACGGAUCUUCCCAGUCGCAAUUAGGGAAACUGGCGCUGCUUUCUACAAUUCUCGGCAGCAGCAAGAACUCUAACGGCUUCAAUCUGCAGUCUGUUGUUUCUUUGCUUGGGAGUGGCAAGAACAACCAGCAGCCGAAUCAAGGGUCCAUGGGUAGCUCCGGUCUUGCUUCCUUGGCUGCCCAGUUCUUUGGAUCGAGCUCGCGGCCCCAACAGCAGCAGCAAUCUCACCAGUCAGGAUCCUUUUCAACUCUUGCCUCUAUGGCCUCGUCUUAUAUGGGCAAUUCCGGCUCUCAGGGAAGACCUCAGCAGCAAUAUCAGAGCGACUAUAAUCCUUCGGGGACUCAAGGUGGCCAGGGAUACGGUGGCUACAGCGAAGGGCACGGUCGCCCUCAGUCGCAAGGCUACCAAAACAAUCAAAGCCAAGGCGGUUCCGGAACAUUUUCGACUUUGGCCUCUAUGGCUGGGUCAUAUUUAAGUGGGUCCCAGAAGCCUCAGGGACAGCACCAAGGGAACCAAGGAUAUCAGCAUAAUCAAAGCGGCAGUCAAGGCUAUCAAAACAACCAAGGCUAUCAAAAUAACCAAGGUUACCAAGGAGGCCAGGGCUACCAAGGAGGCCAGGGCUACCAAGGAGGUCAGGGCUAUCAAGGAGGUCAGGGCUACCAAGGAGGUCAGGACUAUCAAGGAGGUCAGGGCUAUCAAGGAGGUCAGGGCUAUCAAGGAGGUCAGGGCUAUCAAGGAGGUCAGGGCUAUCAAGGAGGCCAGGGCUAUCAAAACAACCAAGGUUACCCAGGAGGUCAGAACUCUCAAGGAGGCCAAGGUUAUCACGGAGGUCAAGGCUAUCAAGGAGGCCAAGGUUAUCAAAGUGACAACCAGUCACAAAAUGAUGGACAGUCUAAAAUGUCUGGUUUCAUGUCAAUGGCUGGGUCACUACUAGGUCAAGAUAAACCCCAGAGUAACUCGAAUUACCAAGGCGGUCCAUCACCUCAAGGUAGACCAUCUCACGGUGGCGAGCAACAAGGCGGUGGUAAUUUCCAGUUCUCUGGUAACUUCGUCCCUAAUAGAUACUGA